AUGUCGUUGCCUCUUCCCCCAGAACUAAUCAGCGAAAUCAUCUAUUUCCUGAUCUUCUCUGCCCCUCCGCGCUCCACUGCCCCAGAAAAUCUUGGCUGUUCAACUAAACCCAGUUGGCUCACACUCAACGCGCUCAGCCUUACCUCAAGAACGUACCGUGCCCUCGCCCUUGAGGCUUGGUUCCACACUCUCUGCAUCGAGUCGCCUGAGGAUUUGGAAUUUGUACGGUGUUGUUGGCCUGAGGUGGGAGCUAGAUGGACGAAACACCUACACUGCAUCCAAACCUACAGCAGCUACCUCUCCAUUUGGGACCUCUCCGGUUUUCUGCACCUCUCCUCCAUCCGGCUGGAUUUUUCACCCAUCAUCACGCCGUCUUUCUAUUCCCGCCUCGGCACGUCGUUCAUCCUGCCGUUCUUCAACUUCUCCUCUUCGGUCGAACACCUUGACCUGCACGGAUUGUCGUGGCCCUCUCCUGGGGUGCUCCAGAAUAUCCCUCGCACCCCGGGCCUUGAGCAUCUGAAGACUCUGAAAAUGAAGCAAGACACGGUGUGGUGUGGACUCUGCGGUGGGUCCUGUAGGGUCCGAUUCAAUGACAGGCCGACCGGGUUGGUAUAUGAGGGUGGUUAUGGGUUGCCUAUUGACUAUGCGCGCGCUCUGGCCCCACUUGAAUACCUCGAAGAAGUCGUGAUCAUUGUACCCAAUCGCGGCUUUGGGUCAACCACACUUGGUCACGCCCCAACAACCCCAGAUCCAGGUCCAAAAAGAAAUUCGAAUCCAAAUCUAUGGGCGGGAGAAUGCGACAAGUGCAUGAAGACCAAGUACGAGAAUGACGCCUUCCGCCGGAAGUGGUUGGAUAGGAAGAGAGGUGUCGACACCUUUACUGGUGAUAGGCUCACUUCGUGGUUGAAACUGCAGUCGAGUCCCGGAAUGUGGCUCUAUGCAUGGCAACGUGGCCUGACAACUAAGAGGCCGAAGAGCAUAGGACCAAGCAGCCUGAGAACGAUCUCUUCUUCAAGUGGAGGAGCUGGCGGCUCGGGGACGCCCGCCUGGUUGACCUCUCUCUUUCGUGUCUCAACAAGUUGGAAGACAGCACCUCAGAUGGUCUCAAAUACGAUUGAGUCCGACGGACGUCGCCAGAGUCCACCGCAAAGCUCGUCGGAUGGUCGAGGAGGGGAACUUUUGCGUUCGUCGUUUAUGGAGAUUGCGCACAGUCUUACACAAGGAUUGCACUGGUUUGAUCAGUCCAAAAACCCGAUCUACGCGAACAACCCAUUCAUCAGCCGGGCUCUGCCAAAGCUCAUUACACCUCCGCGCACAGCCUCGUCCGUGAAAAAGCACAUCUGCAAGAUCGAGGGCUUGUCAGGAGCUGAAAGUUCUAGCUUAUUCGAGUCGCUUUCUAGCCGAAGUGCUACCGCUGAAUCUUCUAAAUUGGUUCUCAAAGAGGAUUCCGGGCUCGGAUUGUCCAAGGAUGACCCGAUAGUCCUCGUGGUUGGGGUGGAAGAUGUUAAAAACCGACAAGUGAUCGCAACACAGCUGGUGGGUUUGCCUAAGGCUCUACCAUUUGAGCCCCAUUAUGGUAACUUUCAACGCACUAUCAUUGACUUAGUGUUGCUCAUCGCUAUCCAGUCCAUUACCGCCUCUACGACGGCGAAGAAGGUCAUGAAAGCCGAGGGACUCGUCAACCAAAAUAUUCAACUGUUUGAAGACAUGGAUAGAGAAGUCCCAAUGAAUGAUAAUGACGCUCACAUAUCUUUCCAAACACACGUGUAUCCAGGGCAUGACGGAGACCAUCCCAUAACGGUCGUUUGUGGCCAGCAGAUUCGAGGAGAGGUUAAGGAAGUCCGGAAUACGAACCAAAUGGACCCAAGCUUCUCGAAGCAAAUCAGAGGGGGCACGCUUUGGAAUCCAGAUAAAAAAAUUCAGGCGGACUGGCUGCCAUUCCAGCGUCGCGAGAUCAUGUAUACAGACGGCGUCAAAACGAUGGGUUACAUCUCUGGGCGCACGGCUCCCUAUAGCGGAUACAUUGCGAUAAACUCUGCUGGGCGAAAGGGCUUUGUCUCUGAGGACAUGAAAUUGCGAGCCAGAGCCCAAGUCCUCGACAUCUUCAUAAGCUUCAUAUUGGGCGGAUGCCAAGAACGUUACGGCCAUUUGGCAAAUUACAAGAGCAUCCACGUUGGGAUCAUUGGUGUCUCUGGCACGACUUCAUCCUUUCCAGCCAUCGAACAUCUGGACAUCUUUUCCGUUCGUAACCUCGCCGCCAGAUUGUUACUGUUCGAUAGAGAAGGCGCUGACUCGGUCAUUGCGCCACCAAGGAAGCUUCAAGUCUGGGGAUGA